AUGUGCAGCAGCCGGUUGGCCUUGAGGUACUGGCUCGACGGCUCGACACCUGGCUUGAGCUCCAACGGCAGACUGUUCAUCCAGUCCUGCAGAUCGAUCUCGAGCUGGUACACGAUGUCGUGGGUCAUGAGCUCGGGACAGACGGUCGCCCUGUUUCUCGAACCGAUAGCCGUCCACGGUGAUGUUUUCGUCGUCGAGCUCUAUUGGCAUGUCCUGGUCAAAGUCGUCCUCGCUGAUUGUACGAGGCAGACCCAGCAUCGUGUUGACGUAAAUGUCCAUCUUGUAGAUGGUCCAGAACAGCCGUUUUCUAAUCUCGAGCUCGAUGGGGUUGAAUGGAUAGUCCAGCUUUCUGUGCAGGCCUUCUCUCAGCGCGGCUCGAAGCGCAAUGCCAAUGUAUGCGUAGCAGGUGGACAGUCUGGCGGAACACUGCAAGAAAAUGAUCAACAUCACAAUCGUCUGGAUACCGUAGGUGUCUCUGGUGUCUGUGAUGUCGAUCAGCUUUCUUGCAGCAAUGAAAUAUCUAUAACCUUCAUCCUCAAACACCUCGUUCUCGGUGUGUUGCUCGCCGUUCUUGGAACCGGUGGUUUUCUCGUCGCUCUUGAGGAACAACGCUCCACAGGCCAUCACCGAGUACACCAGUGGCAGGAACCGCUGCUGCUUGUUGGUGUACUGGCUGGGCUCUGUGUCGUCUGUGUGAUCAGACGCAGGGCGACCUCGCGCGAAGGAAGAAUGAUCUUGAUCUCCUUGCCCAUGCUGGACUCGUACGAGCCGUCAAUGCCUGGAUGGACGUUUGAGGCUCCGUGCGGACUGUGGAAAUGCAGGGUGUCUGCUGGCGAAUGGUCGCGUGGUUUCAUCGUGGUGGACACCGACGGCGACUUCGACACGGUGGGCAACGACGGCACAGGCACGUCGGGCAACGCAGAGUACUCUUCGGCAAUGGUCUUGCUGGAAUCCUUGGACUCGUCACACGACUUCUCGCGCAGCUUGUUCAUGGCCGUUACGAGCUUCAUAGGGUUGAUUGGCCGCGGAUUGUCGUUCAGAUCGGUCAAUUUGAUGUCGGGGAGAAGCCGGUGGAGAAUGUCGUCGUACAGCUUGAGUCUAUCGGUGAGUCUGGCCAUCAUUUCUGGGUUGCUGAUAGGCAGUUGCGAGCUGGGGCCUGAGCCAUGGUUGGCCGAGCCGUGGCUCGACGGCGAGGCGCCAGAUCCAGGCUGGGUCUUCUUCUUUGUCCUGCUAGGCUGGUCGUACGUGCAUUCGUAG